CGGAGGUGAAAGGGCAUAGGCUCCGGGGCGGUUCCCGCUGUCUGUUGGCCGUGCGGCAGAUACAUCUAAAGGGAGGCCCGGGAGGAAGAAGAUUCAUUGUGGGAUCAACAGAGCAUGACAUUUUCUUUGUUCUUAAUCGACAAGUAGGAUUUGAAAUUAAUCACAUGAUCAAGAAAAUACCAAGAGCUGCAGUACUUGUAUUGGAAAUUGUGUCAAAAAGAAAAAAAGAAUUUGUAUACAGUUUGAAUAUUGUAUUUUAAUGUGGAUUAAGGAUCAGUUGCUGACAGUGUGCAGACACCCUCAGUUUUAUACAUUUGCUACUGGAUUAGGGAACUGGUGUUAACUUGCUUGAAGAAGAUGCAUUUUCGCAGACUAUAGGGAUGGCUUGUGCUGAAAAGAUGCGGCUUUAGUGUGAUCACAAUGUCAGAACUUCAUGUUGCCAGAAAACCCCUCAGAACAUCCUAAGCUACCUUUAAGGAGGCAGUGUUAAUGGUUCACCUUACGAGUAACGGACGUUAACCAGUAUUCAAGAAACUUCCCUUGUAAAGGAUAAUCCUGUGUGUAUCUGGCCAACAUGUCUACCUCUUCUUUACGGCGUCAGAUGAAAAAUAUAGUCCACAAUUACUCUGAAGCAGAAAUCAAAGUAAGAGAGGCUACAUCCAAUGAUCCAUGGGGCCCUUCAAGUUCCCUGAUGUCUGAGAUUGCCGAUCUCACCUACAAUGUUGUGGCCUUCUCAGAAAUCAUGAGCAUGAUAUGGAAACGACUUAAUGACCAUGGAAAAAACUGGCGUCAUGUCUAUAAAGCAAUGACGCUCAUGGAGUAUUUGAUUAAGACCGGCUCUGAAAGAGUGGCACAGCAAUGCAAAGAAAACAUAUAUGCUAUUCAGACACUGAAAGAUUUCCAGUAUGUGGACAGGGAUGGAAAAGAUCAGGGGGUGAAUGUUCGAGAAAAAGCAAAACAGUUAGUGUCCCUAUUAAAAGAUGAUGAGAGACUCAAGGAAGAAAGAGCACAUGCUCUGAAGACCAAGGAAAAACUGGCACAGACUUCAACAUCAUCUUCUGCAUCGUCGACGGUGAACCCCGGAACAGAAGCUGAGCAGGCCUGGCCCCAGAGCAGCGGAGAGGAGGAACUUCAGCUCCAGCUAGCUCUGGCCAUGAGCAAAGAAGAAGCGGAGCAGGUAAGAGCAAAGAAAACAAUUACAUUCAGCCAUACCACUGUGGAAGGAAGAGGCAGCGUGAAACCAAAUGACAAGGAUAUUAUUAUGCCCCCUGCUGUGUCCGAAGAGGAAUUGCAGCUUCAGCUUGCCCUUAGCUUGAGCAAAGAGGAACACGACAAGGAGGAAAGGAUCAGACGAGGUGAUGACCUCCGUCUUCAGAUGGCCAUUGAAGAAAGCAGGAAAGAAGCACCUUCCAAACAGGAAGAGUCAUCCUUAAUGGAUUUAGCAGAUGUGUUCAGCUCUCCCACUCCGGCAGUCUCUGCUACAGAUCCCUGGGGAACGUCAGCUGCCCCACCUGAUCCUUGGUCAAGUAGUGCCGCGCCCACUGCUACAGUUCCAGCUGCUUCUGAUCCAUGGGGAGGGCCUCCCGUAGCAACUGGUGUUAGUAGUGAUCCAUGGGGUACAGGUGUACAGGCAAAUUCUGCCUCGAGUGACCCAUGGGGAGGUGCCCCAACUGUUUCUUCUGUUGAUGUCAAGCCAGUGUCUGAUCCGUGGAAUCCAGGAGGUGCUACAACUACUAGUGGAGCUUCAAGCAAUGAUCCUUGGUCUUCUAGUCCAUCUGUGACACAUCCAAGUACACAAUCUGCAGACCCUUGGGCCCCUGCUGCAUCAUAUUGUGAUCCAUGGGGAGGUUCACCGUCUAGACCGAAUGGGACUACAGGUGAACUAGACCUUCUGGCUGGAGAAGUUCCUAUAUCCAGAUCUUUGGGAUCAAAGAGCCCUGAUGCCUUUGACAUGGCAGCAAUGAGUGGAUCGUUGUCCGAUAGCUCCAAACCUACACGGAAAACACCGGAGUCCUUCCUUGGGCCCAAUGCUGCCCUAGUAGACUUAGACUCACUGAUUUCCAAACCCGCACAUCAGAACGCAAAGACCUCCAACCCCUUCCUUGUCACAGGUGCAGCAAGUUCAACCACAACAAAUCCAUUCCAACCUAAUCAGCAGUCAUCUCUUACAUUGAAUCAGCUUCGUUCCAGCCCUGUGAUGUCAUUGGGACAGCCAGUUACACCUGCUGGCCAAACACCUGCAACCAUUCCAUUUAGUUCUGUCUCUCCCAUAGUGUCUGUGUCCCCUUUAGCCCCUGGGAUUCCUUUAGCCAAUGUAUCUCCAAUGGUCGGAAUGCAGCCUAUGGCUGGAGUUACUGGCAUGCCAGUUGCUGCCGUGGCGCCUGGUGUACCUCUGGGUUUGCCCACCAUGAUGCCAUCUCAGCAGAUGGUAACGCAGCCACUUGUCCCUAAUUUAUCGACACAGGUUGUGACAAGUACUAACCCUUUCCUGUUGUAAUGCAGUGUGGGAGGGUCAUGGAGUUUGUAGUGGCGAUGACCAGGGGCGAUGGUUCAAGAGUACUAUCUUCAUACUACCACCACAGCAAUUCCCUAUGUCCUUAUACCAUCUCUUGUGGCAAAACCCAUUUAAACAGCAGAAAUAUUUGUUGUCUGUUUCUCAUUCACUGUGCCUCUAAAUACCAAGAUAUAGUAUUUAACUAAAAAGUCCAGGUGAAGGUAUAAGACUGUAAUUCAUGUGUUCAGCAGAUUGAUAAUCAAUAGCACUAUGCUAGAACCAGCCGUCUUCAUUCUUUUCCUUCUGUUGGUCAUUUGCAUUAAUAUAGGUUAAUAUGAUUUGUGAUCAGUUUAAUUUGUUUCUUCCUGCUAGCCCUUUAAACUUUCCAAUUGUGACAUUUUAACUUGCACAUUUUUCUUCAGUUUAGGCAUUAAGGCUUUUCCCAUACAAAAUAGAAGUAUUUCAUCAUACGCAUAAAGCCCAAGUAUUACGACCCAUCAGAGGAUGCAUGAUGCACUUUGAAGGCUAUCAUUAAAUAUAGCAACUCUGGUCCAUUAUGAAAUGCCAUAUUUAGCAAAUUGUACUAAGUACAUAACACUAAAAAGUUAACGCUUCCAGAAUACCUUUAGUCUCUCGAAGAGUAAAAGAAACCUGCACGACUUGAUUUUCUUUUUUUUUUUUUCCUUCUGAUAAUUGGAAUGAAUUUGUGCACAUUGACAAGGUGAUUUUGAGCCUAAAAUCUUUAUAGAAGUGGUUUCCUGUUCACAAUAGAAAUAAAAUGAAUAGUGAAUCUUUUUACAUUUGCUUAUUCCUUUUUACAAUUUAAGGAAACAAAUAAGAAAAUGUGUGUUUGAAAAAAAAUCAGUGAAUUUAAACAUUUCAUUUAUAUUCUAAUAUAAUGUGUUGAUAAACUAUAGUUUUAAAAGUAUAUUUUAGUUAAAAAUCUAUUAAUUGAAGCUAAUUAAGUUGCUUUGCAGAAGCUUUCACUGUUGCAGUGUAUUGUACUUCAGUCUGUACCUGCUUACGUUCUAGCUAUUUAUUUAUUUUUUUUAAUCAGACCUUUAAGGUUAAGAAUUAGGAGAUUGGAACCCUAAGCAAUACCGGUGUCUAAAUUGUCAUUUUUUUCAGUGAGUUUGUGUUUUAUUUUAAACAAACUUAGCUUCCUAUGGGUAUUUUUUUGUUUUGUUUUUCAAUUAUAAAAUCUUAAGGAAUUAUUCAGGAAGCUCAAUACUGGAUUUUGUAUAGAAAAUGUCUUGGAUAUUACAAGACUCAGAUCAUAUGGCUAACAUUGCCCUAGGGCAUUUCUUUAAAAUAAACAUAGAAGAGCACAUACAGUUAAAGGGACACUGAACCCAACAUUUUUCUUUAAUGAUUCAGAUAGAACAUGCAAUUUUAAGCAACUUUCUAAUUUACUCCUUUAUCAAUUUUUCUUCGUUCUCUUGCUAUCUUUAUUUAAAAAGCAGAAAUGUAACGCUUAAAAGCCGGCCCAUUUUUGGUUGAGAACCUGGGUUAUGCUUGCUUAUUGGUUUACUAACUGUAUGCACCAAUAAGCAAGCGCUAUCCAUGGUGCUCCAUGUCAAAUGGGCUGACUCCUACGCUUUAAAUUCCUACUUUUAAAUAAAGAUAGCAAAAGAACAAAUAAAAAUUGAUAGUAGGUGUAAAUUAGAGUAUGAGAGCCACUAUCACAGCUUCUGUGUUUAAAAUGCAGAUUAUUUGGUUUUGGAAGCAUUUAAAAAUAUUUAUAAAAUUGAGAAGAUAUUAAAUGAAGAAAUGUCAGAUGCAGAAAAGCCAACUUUAAGCCAAUUUCUGGCUGUUGAAUUGCCGUAGUAAUUGGCUUAAAUCAUUCAGAUUUCACUUUUAAAAAACAUAUUUAUUGAGACAACUUGCACAUAAUAAAGCUUUCAUAAUGCAGCAACAUAGAAUACAUCAUCCUUUUAAACCAGCCUUCAUUUUUUUUUGCAAUAUUUCAUCAUAAGUAGAUAACCUUGAUAUGCAAUAGACUAUUCUGAUACAAGCAGCUUUUGUUGCCACAAAUAUCCCGAAUUGUAUUGAUGCUGGUAUUCCCUUUCUCGCGCAUUGUUAUUUUCAAGCAGUCUUUAAAAUAAGAAUAUUAACAAAAAUGCAGUGAAACAACUAUUUGCGUGCCUAAGAAUUGUAAUAAAUGUUUUUUUAGAAACUGGGCAGGUAUUUACAUUCGCUGAAUAGUCGUUCUUGAAAUGUUUUAAAGCUGAUAUUUGUAUGUCCGGUGGAAAAACUUCGGAAUUUUAUGCAACAUAAUUUAAUUCUGUGUAUAAAAGUGUGUUUUGAUACUUUAGACACCAUUUCUCCAGUUUUAUUCAGUACACAUGUUGCUUUUAAAAAUCUGUUUUUGCAACUUAGAUCUUCAGUGGUUUAUAUAGCUCUAACUCUUCCAUGAAAUGACAGCAGAAUAUUUUUUCACACAUCGUUCUUAAAGGGAACUACGCUGGUUUUGCGUAGACAGUGUAUAUAACCAUUGCAAGGGUUAGAGAAAUAUUGUUAUAGAUCAUCACUACAGACCGCACUAUAAAUAAAUAUGAUAAGUGCUGCUUUUUGCCGCUGUAUUAUCGCAAAUGUUGCCCGAAAACUAAAUGACUCCAUUCCAAGUUACAGGCUUUGGAUAAAAAGUGUUCAACAUGGCCAGAUAUGAAAUUAUGUGGCUAAAGAGAAUAAAGUGGAACUUCAUGCAGAAAAUCUAGGAUCCACUGCUUAAUUACAGCUUUUCUGCUCAAUAUUUAACAUACAAAAGGGACCUCUUCUAUGGCUACCAAAGUUCAUGCAUUGAUAUUUGAAUUUGUAUAGUUUGUUACCUAUUUGUACAAGAUCCAGUUUUAUUCCUUGAGACACUUGACCAUUUAGUCCUUUAAAUGUGCCAUAAAGUACCAACUAGACUUUGAACUACAUUUCUUUUGGCUCUUGUCCUUUUCAACUGUAUAAUUGGUCUGCAGAUCCAAAUGACGUAGUUCUUUAGUUUUCUGUAGACAACUUACUAUGGCUUGUCUGUUAGCUUGCUGUUAGACUAGUGCUGCUAUUCUCUAUCUUCAACCACAGGAAUAGAACGGAAUUGUGUAGACCCAGUAUGAUAUAAAUAAAAUUAGAAGACCUUACUUAUUAGAAAACAUGGUGUUCAAAUUAAAGGCUGGUCUAGUGAUGAAAUUCUGAAAUGUCAUAUAAUGGAUAUAGAUAAGCUAUUAUUGAUAAAUGUUCUGUAUAUUUUUUUAAUUAGUGCUUUAUUUGCAAUCUACUCACAGUGGAAUAAUGAAACAUGAGUAUACUAGUCAUUUAAUUCUGUUACUCAGGAACAGUCCUUAAAUAAGGACUUCAUGUAACAAGACUGACUGACUAAAUUUAAGCCUUUCCACAUCUGUUUACUUUCAUUAAUUUAAUGUUAAUUUCUUUUUUAAGAAUUAAAGCAGAAGUUGUAGCCAACCAUUUAGAUAAGAACACUUAGUGAAUUAUUACUGUAACAUUUCACCUCAUUCUUAAGCAGAUUCAAAGAAGCAGAAAAUGGGAAAAUGUCUUCAUUUCAUAUUUACAUGCUUAAGAUGCAGCCAUCUUGGGGGGGAAACCCCACUGUGACUAAAUAUGGUCUUUUAAAACACCCAAAAGAGAUUACAGUAUUUUUAAUAGUUUCCAGUAAGCUCACAUUGCACCGUCUUCAAGAGGCAGUUUUGUUUUUAAAUAAUCUCCGAGGUAAAUCUGAAAGGGAAACAGAGGCACUAGAAAGGGAUUUGCAAUAUGGACUAUUGAUUGAUUGUCCUUUUUUUUUCAAGCUCUAACAAAAGAGUAAUAAGUAGACAUUUUACUGCGCAACUUCAUUUAAGCAAGUUGAUUACUUGUUUGUCAAACAGAUGAGGCAUCGUCCCACCUGUGCGUGGAAUUUGAUGUUUAUCAUUUUAUUGCUUUAAUGCUGUUUAAUGCCAGAAUAAAAACUACAAGAGAAAAAAGACAUACUGGUAGAACUGCUAAGAAAGAUGAUGAAAUUGUGACUAUUUAAUUUCAGAACCUAUUUUUAAGUGAAAAUGAUUUAUGUUUGCUCAUUUCUAAUUCAACUCUUUGGGACUGUCAAUGGACUCUAGCUCCGUUUUUGUCAUUUUGAAAAACCUGUUUGGACCCUGUAAAACCCUGGCAUCAAGCCCUAUACCUACAGUUUUUUUCAGAGAUGGGUGGGCAGGGCAUUAGGGCAUGGAAGAAAUGAACAAUUCGAGUCAAAAUCAAUGUUUUGGAAAAUACAGGUAAAAAGUUAUCAUACUAUGUGAUUAUUUUAUUUGUUAAAUAUACUUGUAUGCAUAAUAUGAUAAAUGAACUGGGUUGAAAAAAUAAAACAAAAUUCUCAUAA